AUGCAUCUCACCCCUGCCAUAAAGCAUGGAACCAGCGAUUGUGACCCUGGACCUUUCACCUCCGAUACUGAAACGCCCCUGCACCAGCAGGAGUGCCGCCCCGUCGGAAACCCCUCAGAGCUGCCGGUGCUGGUGAGGGAGGGAGAUGUGGUCCUGGGGGGUCUCUUCUCUCUGCACAACGCGGUGCUGGAGUCAGUGCUGUCCUUUACCUCACUGCCAGCUCCAGCUCAGUGCUCGGGGUUUAACUUCAGGUCAUUUAGAUGGAUGCAGACUAUGAUAUUUGCAAUAGAGGAGAUCAACACGAAUCCAAAUCUUCUGCCCAACACCACGCUGGGAUACCAGAUCUAUGACUCCUGCAGCACCCCUGUCCACGCGCUGCGCACCGCCAUGGCUGUGACCAGGGGCCAGUCGGGGGAGGGCAGCGUGGGCACACGGUGCAGGGGAACAGUGCCUGUGGUGAUUGGGGAUGGCGGGUCCACCCUCUCUCUGGUAGUGGCAAGAUUCCUUGGGGUUUUUCAUGUUCCACAGGUAAGCUAUUUCUCUAGCUGUGCCUGCCUGAGUAACAAAGUUGAUUUCCCUGCUUUCUUGAGAACCAUGCCGAGCGACUUCUUCCAAGUAGAUGCCCUGGCUCAGUUGGUGAAGCACUUUGGCUGGACGUGGGUUGGAGUAGUUGCUGGUGACGAUGCCUAUGGGCGAGGGGGUGCCCAAAUAUUCUCUGAUGAGGUGAGGAAACUUGGAGCUUGUGUGGCCCUCCAUGAGAUAAUUCCUAAGAACCACGCUAAGACCCAGAUGGCCCACAUCGUGGAGCGGAUCCGAACAUCUGGUACACGAGUGGUGCUGCUCUUUGCCGUUGAGCAAGAUGCGGGAGCGCUCCUCACGGAGGCCCUGAGACAGAACCUGACGGGCAUCCAGUGGUUGGCCAGUGAGGCCUGGAUCACCGCAGCUGUGCUCUCUACCCCACAGUUCCACUCCAUCCUGCAGGGCUCCAUGGGCUUUGCCAUUCGUAGGGCUGAUAUCCCUGGACUCAAGUCUUUUCUGUUACGCAUGAGCCCCUCCUAUGACCCCCAGGACCCAUUCAUCCCGAUAUUCUGGGAAAACCUAUUUGGGUGUUCACUGCAUCAUGGAGACAGUGUAGACACAGCUGAUAAACCACCAUGCACAGGCUUGGAAGAGCUUGCAAGGACAGAGAACAUUUAUGCUGAUGUCACUCAACUCAGAAUCUCUUAUAAUGUCUAUAAAGCAGUGUAUACUAUUGCUCAUACCUUGGAAACCAUGGCCACAUGUGAGCCAGGCAAAGGGCUUCUUCAUGAUGGGGCAUGUCCUAACAUGUCCACAAUACAGCCAUGGCAGCUCCUGGAGUACCUGAAACAGGUGGAGUUCAUUAAUGACUUUGGUGAGGAGAUGAAAUUUGAUGAGAACGGUGACCCAGUGGCGAUGUACGAUUUGAUCAACUGGCAGCUGAAUGCAGAUGGAGAGGUGGCAUAUGUCACAGUGGGGAAAUUUGAUGAAACCACACAGAACAAACUGGAGAUUGACGAGGAAGCCAUAAUAUGGACAGGGAAGACCAAGGAAGUCCCCCUCUCAGUGUGCAGUGAAAGCUGCCCCCCUGGCACCAGGAAAGCCACCAAACCCAAUUUCCCUGUGUGCUGUUUUGACUGUAUUUUGUGUGCAGCUGGGGAGAUUAGCAAUCAGACAGAUGCCAUAGAGUGUGAACACUGUUUGCCUGAGUUUUGGUCCAACGCCAGGAGAGACACCUGUGUGCCCAAGCAGGUGGAGUUCCUAUCCUACACUGACACUAUGGGCAUCACUCUGAUGGUAGUGGCACUCGUGGGCUUCUGCUGCACUCUCACCGUCAUCCUGAUUUUCGCCUGCAACCGCGGCACUCCCAUUGUCAAAGCCAACAACUCGGAGCUCAGCUUCCUCAUCCUGGCCUCUCUGGGCCUCUGUUUCCUCUGCGCCCUGCCCUUCAUCGGAGAGCCCACCGCCUGGACCUGCAUGCUGCGCCACACGGCCUUCGGCGUCACCUUCUCGCUCUGCAUCUCCUCCAUCCUCAGCAAGACGGUGGUGGUCCUCAUGGCCUUCAGAGCCACGCUGCCCGGCAGCAUGGUGAUGAGGUGGUUCGGCCCCGUCCAGCAGAGGGCCAUGAUCUUUGCCGGGGCCACGGUGCAGGUGGUCAUCUGCGGCGUCUGGCUGGCGGUAGCGCCGCCGACGCCGAGGACGCUCUCGAGCCGGGAAAGCCUGCGGCUCUUCCUGCUGUGUGACGAGGGCUCGGCGCUGGCCUUCUCGCUGGUGCUGGGCUACAUCGGACUGCUGGCCAGCUUCUGCCUCCUGCUGGCCUUCCUGGCGCGGAAGCUGCCGGGCACGUUCAACGAGGGCAAGCUCAUCACCUUCAGCAUGGUGAUAUUCUUCGCCGUGUGGGUGGCCUUUGUCCCGGCCUAUGUCAGCUCGCCGGGGAAGUACACCACCGCCACAGAAGUAUUCGCUAUCCUCGCCUCCAGCUAUGGCCUCCUGGUGUGCCUGUUUUUCCCCAAGUGCUACAUCAUUUUGCUGAAACCAGAGAAGAACACUAGAAAGCACAUGAUGGCUAAGACUACAUAG